AUGCCUUCUACAGAUCUGUGGAAGGCACCGGGCAGUCUGGAAAAGAUACUUAUCAGCAAGUGGUAUCAUUUUGACUCGUCAUUUUGUCGACUCAUCAUUUCAUCCAUUCAUCUCUUCAUCAAUGAUCCGAGUAGUGAUAUUUUGGAUGAUGUCGACGCCAAGCUCCAGAAAGGCCAUAAUAGAAUAAUCGUGGAACUUGAAUUAAAACAUAAAAAACCUCAAAACGAUUUUAUAAAUAAGCCAUCGUUACCCAAAUAUUCUGAAGCUCUGAGGGAAUUACGAAGAAAAGAAUUUGUUUUAAGAAAUUCAACUUUAACAAAUCUUUGGAGAAGUCCUAACGUACGCUCUUUAUACAACUUAAUUCUUGCUUUUUUUGUAUUCCUGUACCUGCACAUCGCUAUCUUCUAUUACUUUAAUGUCGAACGGUUAACAAGAGAUUUAGCAUUGGUUUCAUGGUCAUUUGGUCAGUUUCACAUUGUUACUGCCGUAUGGAUUGGCAUCAACUUAUCGAUUGUUUUCUUUUUACAUCCUGUCUUUCGAUUCUGGGCUUCUUCUAGAGCAUUUGCGAAGAAGAAGGGCCUUUAUGAUUUGAUGUUUUGCAUUUUAUUCGUUUUGUAUGAAGCGGCUUUGCUGAUAAUUCCACCAAAAAUAAUCAUAGACUGUAAUAUACCACCCGCAUCAUCUUGCGCGUUAGUAAUGGAACAGUCUAGACUUUUUAUGAAGAGUUAUGCAUUUGUCGAGAAAACAUUACCAGAGUUUUAA